GGGAGUGAGCGGGAGGUGUAAGAGUUUCCUGUAGUUGCAUGCUGAUCUUCCUCCAUGAGUCUGUUUCUGUCAGAGCGAGGAGCACAGACGAAGCUGAGCGGAACAGGAUGCAGGCUAUCAAAUGUGUGGUCGUUGGAGAUGGAGCUGUGGGGAAAACAUGUCUGCUCAUCAGCUACACGACCAAUGCCUUUCCCGGGGAGUACAUUCCUACUGUAUUCGACAACUACUCAGCUAACGUGAUGGUAGACAGCAAGCCGGUCAACCUGGGCCUCUGGGAUACAGCUGGACAAGAAGACUACGACAGGCUCCGCCCUCUGUCCUACCCACAGACGGAUGUUUUCUUGAUCUGUUUCUCUCUGGUGAGCCCGGCAUCCUACGAGAACGUCAGAGCCAAGUGGUUCCCUGAGGUUCGCCACCACUGCCCCUCCACACCAAUCAUCCUGGUGGGCACCAAGCUCGACCUGAGGGACGAGAAGGACACCAUUGAGAAGCUGAAGGAGAAGAAGUUGGCCCCCAUCACCUACCCACAGGGUCUGGCUCUGGCAAAGGAGAUAGAAUCAGUGAAGUACCUGGAGUGCUCGGCUUUGACUCAGCGUGGUCUGAAGACUGUGUUUGAUGAGGCCAUCCGAGCCGUGCUCUGCCCCCAGCCCACCAAAAGGAAGAAGAAGACCUGCUCACUGCUGUAAACGAUUCCUACGGACCUGUGAGCAGAAAGACAUUCAGACUUCUGACCCAAGGCUGUGAGAAGACAUUUUUCGAAUUCAUGACAUGUUUUUUUAAGGAAAACAAACCUGAUCUCCACUAGUAAAAAAUAUUAAUAAUAAAGCUUUAUUAUUAAACAGUAGCAAAAUCUUCUGUACAGCAUACUCUGUGACUGAUUUUUAAAGUGUAUUGUGGAUACACCACCCUGAAGAAAUUAACUGUAAAAUAUGGGAGAUUAUCAGAUUGAAUCUCUAAAUGUGGAUGUGUUAGACUGGCAGUUUAAAUGUCAGACCAGUAGCAUGCACUUACUUAAUCUAAUUGACCUAAAUAAAAAAUAUAUAUAUUAAUAAUAAAAGCUCAGAUACUGAUGGGAUUAGUUUAUAAAAACUUAAAACUGUGGUUUAGAAAAUGAUGACUACUGAUUAAACAGAAAAUCCACAAGGAUCAGGAAUAUAACUGUGUACAUGCAGGGAGCUGAUCAUGUUUUAUUUGAAUAAAACUUCUAACAAAUGUUUUAUGUGUUCAUAUAAUAUAAAAAUAAAAGAUGAUUGAUCAAGUAAAA